AUGGCUUUUCCUGUUGUUGAAAUGUACGUUAAGAAUGCUUGGGCGAAAUUUGGCUUAAAAAAGGUCAUGAUGAAUACGUCGGGGUUCUUUUUCUUUCAGUUUGAGUCAAAGGAAGGAAUGCUUCAAGUUUUAGAAAAAGGACCAUGGAUGAUACGGUCUAUACCUAUAUUCCUAAAUGAAUGGAAUCCUAAUGUUUCACUGGCUAAAGUGGACAUGACCAAUGUUCCGGUGCGGGUUAAAUUGUAUGAUGUUCCAUUGGCAGCUUAUACGGAGGAUGGUCUCAGCAUGUUGGCAUCCAAAUUAGGUCAACCAAUUUUACUUGAUACUUAUACUAGUCAUAUGUGUGUGAACUCUUGGGGUAGGCACUCAUAUGCAAGGGCGUUGAUUGAAAUUGAUGCUACACGAGGUUUUAAAGAGAACUUGGUAAUUGGCAUUCCUAAUGUAAAUGGGGAGGGAUUUUCUAAGGAAACGGUGUCCAUUGAAUAUGAAUGGCGACCACCACAUUGCACUCAUUGUAAUGUUUUUGGCCACAAGGAUAAUAACUGCCCGAUGCAAGUUAAGAAUUCUGAAAAGUUGAAGAACAAUGCUCGGGAUUCGAAUAUCUCAUUUGGUAGUGAUGAUAAUGAAGUGGAAGACGUGUAUGAUGAGCAGGCUGAUUUUGUUAAGAACAAUAUAGGGGCAAGCACUCCUAAACAGCCGGUUUCCCAUGUUUUACACACACAGAUUAUUUUCAAGGAUGAAAAGAAGGAUCUGUUGUGUUCAUUUGUUUAUGCCCACAAUCGUUAUUCUCAAAGGCGUGAGCUGUGGCGUAAUCUAGAUAUGCAUAAGGUUUAUGUUCAUAAUAAUGCAUGGUGUAUUUUAGGCGAUUUUAAUGCAGAUAGUUUUAUGGGUGUUGUGGCUAUUUUCCAACCUUAUAGAAUAUCUGAUCAUUCUCCGGCUAUUUUGCGUUUGCCAAGGAAAGUUAAGUUUGUGCCUCGGCCGUUUAAGUUUUCCAAUGUUCUUAUUCAGGAUCCAGGAUUUAGCCAAGUGGUUGCUUCGGCUUGGAAAACUGACGUGCAAGGAUUCCAAAUGUAUCGUGUGGUAAAGAUGUUAAAAAGUUUGAAGAAACCUUUACGUAAACUUCUGUAUGAUAAAGGAAAUCUGCAUCGUAAGGUAGAACUGUGUAGAAAGGAUUUGGAUGAGGUGCAAAAGUUGCUUGAUUCGGAUCCAUUUAAUUCUGUGAUUAGAGAGGACCAUGCUACCUGCCUCAAUGCUUUUAAUGAAGCACUUCUGGAUGAGGAACGGUUUUUGAAACAGAAAGCUAAGGUUGAAUGGCUUCUUGAUGGUGAUGAUGUAAAGAAUGCUUUUAUCGCGCAUUAUACCCAAUUUUUGGGUCAAAGUGCGCCGGUUUUAAGACUAAAUUCUUUGCAUUUAUUUGAUAACAGAUUAUCUCAGGAGCAAGCUUUGCUAAUGAUUUCUGAGGUUACUGAUGACGAAGUGAAAAGGGCCAUGUUUUCUAUGGGAGAUGAUAAAUCUCCAGGACCGGAUGGAUUUUCAGCUGGUUUUUUUAAAGCAACUUGGAGUAUUAUUGGUGUUGAUGUUAUUAAGGCGAUUAAAGAAUUUUUUUCAUCAAGCAAUUUACUCAAGGAACUCAAUCAUACGGUUAUUGCAUUACUUCCCAAAGUUAAGACUCCUACUUUUGUCACAGAUUUUCGACCAAUCUCUCUUUGUAACGUGUUGUUCAAAUGCAUUACGAAGAUUUUGUCGAACAGAAUAAAGAAUUCUUUGAAGGAUUUGGCAUAUGAUACGGUUGAUUGGGGUUUUCUUAAGCGCAUUCUUCUAGGUUUUGGUUUUCACCCUCGUAUGGUUUCUUGGAUCAUGGAAUGUGCGACUACUACUACUUUUUCGGUGUCUAUUAAUGGUACUACUCAUGGUUAUUUUCAAGGCAAGAGAGGUCUUCGGCAGGGUGACCCGCUGUCUCCGUAUUUAUUUACUUUGGUUAUGGAAGUUUUGAAUUUGAUCCUGAAGAGACAGGUUGCUAUUCUAAAUGUUUUAUCUUUCGAUGAAGGCACUUUACCGGUUAAGUACUUGGGUGUCCCUUUGGUGUCUUCAAGACUGCGAUAUCGUGACUGUCGCCUUCAGUUGAUCAACUCUGUUAUUGCUUCUAUGCAUGUGUAUUGGUCUUCGGCUUUCAUUCUUCCCUCUCAAGUUAUCCACGAAAUUGAACAAAUGAUGAGAAAUUUCCUAUGGAGUAGUGGUGAAUAUAAACGGGGUCAGUCCAAAGUUGCUUGGGAGGUUGUGUGUCUUCCAAAGACUGAAGGAGGAUUAGGUAUACGACGUAUUGAAGCUUUCAAUAAUGCUCUAAUUUCGGUCCAUAUAAGGAAUAUUGUAGCUCAUAAGGAAUCUCUUUAG